AUGGCUCACUGUCGCAAAGGCGGCCGGUCGGAGAGGCGUGGACGGCGCUACGGAGAGCCCGGCAGAUCGCUGCAGCGCGUGCCGGGCGAUAGCGAUUGCGGCUUUAAGAGAUUUGCGCAUGAACUGUCCUGCUUCCGGGAGGAGCACGACGCCGCGUACGGGGCCGACAGCUCCGCGGUAGCUUCCAGCACCGCCAGCGGGCGGAGCGCGCGCAGCGCGGCCAGCAUGCGCAGCGCGAGCAGCUCCGGAGCCUGGUUUGGAGGCGGCUGCAAUCUUUGCAGUGCAAGCUACGAGCAUGCAUGA